CCGAGCCGUCCUGUGGCAGGACAUGUCGGUCAACCUGGCCUCCACGCUGCUGCAUCAGCUCUCAGAGAGAGCCGGUAAGUCCAGCAGCCAGCAGGUGGACAGGAUGACUCCGCCCACUAGAAACAGUGCUGCUCUGAAGGUGGACGUGGAGUCCUUCCACCCUCUCAAACCUUUGAACUCCCAGGAAUCUCCACCUGAAUCCCGGACGAGCCCCAGCAGAGAUCAAACCACAGGCUGCUCUUACUUCUUCAGGUGUCACGUCUGUGGCUUUGAAACUGAGGGCCACGCCCUUUUCCAGAGUCACAUGACAGAGCAUCGCCAAUGGGAGCAGAGCUGCUUCUCGCUGCACUGCUGCAUCUGCAGCCACUCGACCAAUCAGGAGGCAGAGAUGAGGGGUCACAUGGACACGCACCUCCAGGGAGAUGCGGGGCAGACCAGAUGCGGAGUUGCCCUUCCCGCCUCUUCCAGCAGUGCCCUGGCAGUUGCCGUGGCAACCCAGGCAGAAAAGACCAGCUCGGAACACUGCUGCCGCAUCUGCCAGAGGUCGUUUCCAGGGCAACAGGAGCUGCAGGUUCACUUCCAGGGUCAUCGUCAAGGCAACCAGUACCGGUGCGACCGGUGCGGUCACCUGACACGGACAGCCAACAAGCUGGUGGAGCACGUGCGCGUGCACACGGGCGAGCGCCCCUUCACCUGCCAGCUGUGCCCCUACAGCGCCAAGCGGCGGGACAGUCUCCGGCUGCACUGCAAGGUGAAGCACGGCAUGCACGGGAACGCCGCCGACGCGCCCGGCGACGUGCACACUCACCGCUCCUACGCGCACGCAGACGGCCAGCGCUCCAACAAACACGUGCAGCGGCUGCACACUCCGUCCAGCACACACACUGCCUCCUCCUCCUCCUCCUCUCCGCUCUCUGACCGCACAGGAUGGAGGGAUUUAUCUCCUCUGCUCCCCAUCACCACCCUCAUCUCCCUGAAACCUCGCUCUCCUUCAUCCUUCUCCUCCUCUUUCUCCAGCAAACACUCCUUCCUCAGUUACCUCGGCCUGACAGCUUCAUCAUGAAUGCUGCUUCCUCUCCAUCCGUCCUCGGGACGGUGAGAGCAACAAAGUCCUUGAUCUGCUGCCAAAAAGCUCGGAGAAGGUCAGAGACCUGCAGGUCUGCAGCAGAUCCUCUGCAGAUGAUCUGCUGCAAGCCGUCUGCUACAGGUCAUCUGGUGCAGUCGUCUGUUCAGGGUCAUCUGGUGCAGAUGAUCUGCUGCCAAAAAGGUGGAAGAAGGUCAGAGGUCUUCUGCUGCAUUCGUCUGCUUCAGGUUCUGCUGCAGUCGUCUGCUUCAGGUUCUGCUGCAGUCGUCUGCUUCAGGUUCUGCUGCAGUCGUCUGCUUCAGUCUUCUGCCGCAGUCGUCUGCUUCAGGUUCUGCAGCAGCUCUUCUGUUGUAGGUCGUCUGCAGGUCGUCUGCGGCAGUCAUCUGCUUCAGGUCGUCUGCUGCAGUCGUCUGCAGCAGUCUUCUGCUGCAGACGACUGUUGUAGGUCAUCUGCAGAUCAUUUGCUGCAGUCGUCUGCUUCAGGUCGUCUGCUGCAGUUGUCUGCUUCAGGUCGUCUGCUUCAGUCUUCUGCAGCAUUCUUCUGGUUCAGGUCGUCUGCAGGUCGUCUGCAGGUCUGCUCCAAAAGGAGCUGUUCUUUUCCCUCAUUCGUCUCUUGCAUCGUUCUCCUGGUUCAGCUCCACCCGACUCUCUAACCACAGAUUUUCCUCCUUUCCUUCGUCCUUCACCGAGAAACCAGGACGCUUCAAAGUGAGGACCGUUUGGGCCAAAGCCUGUGAGCGACUUUAGAAUCUCCUUCAGAAGGAGCGGUCCUCCUGGAGGAGGCGAGGAGGCUGCACCUCCUCUGAUCAGGUUUAGCUUCAUCUUUCAGGCUCAUCCGAGAAAAAGACUCAUGAACGCUCUCUGAGGCUGAACUCUCUCUGACUGAAGACACUCCAGCGCUCCAACAUCACUUCACUCCUAGAAACUUCUAAAGCCGACGGCUGAGACGUUUUUCAAAAUAAGAGCAACUCUCAGGUUAAUAUUUGUAGAGAAACAGAUAAAACUAUUUCAUUUACACUUUAUUUAGUUUUAUUUCUAUGAGGAAGUUUCAUAUUCAACCAUGGUAACCUGGUAAACAGAAAUUCUAGUUAAAGAGUUCAAAACCGACUUUACUUCCCGUCUGACUGAUUCAUCUGAUGAGUAGAAAAGGAAAUGAUGACAUCAUAGAUGUGAGCUGAUGAAUUACUGAUAAAAACACAAAAAUACCUUCAAGUAACCUGAUUUUAAAGUUAAUUUUUAACGUUAAUCAGUUCACUUUUAUGGAAAUGUGUUGAAUCUAUUGACUGUAUAUAAGAACUGGACUAAGUCAGAUACUUCCUGUUUGAAAUGUCAGGGGGGCGGAGUUACUCCGUCUAGUUCUCAUAUACAAUUGAUGGAUUAAUCGCAGAAAAAUGUGUGAAAAUUCAUUUAUAGAAUGUUUUUACCCUUUUUAAAUCAAAAAUGUUUGAUUUCUUUUAUUUUAAUGUCUAAUCCAAACAUCGAGACGAUAAAAUAUUCAGUCAAUGAGUCUCCAGGUUGUUCCUCUUAAAAAACUGAGUUUGGUCUUUAAAAUCUAAAAAUAAAAUUUUAACAUUUAUAUAAAUAUAAUAAAUAGGAUAUUAGAAAAAUUCGGGAUGUGCGAUAUUAUCAAUAUCGCGAUGACGAUUACAAUACACGACCGUGUAGCAGAACAACUAAGCUAGGCGAGUGUCUAGCAUAAGAGCGGUCCAUCCGAUUGGUCAAAUGUGAAAAGGGCUUUUUUAAUUUGUUAAGUUCGUCGAGCCACCUUUAGAUGGUUUUCGUAUUUUAGGUAACCAUCUACUGGGAUUUAAGCCGUCUUUUCGUGUGUUUCUCUAGCUGAUACUGCGAUGACGAUAAAUUUGCGAUGUAUUGCACAGGUCUAAUAUAAAAUAUUAUUGACAAAUGUUAAACCUCAGAGUUUUCACAAAAGGUACAUUUAUUCAAGAAGUUUAAAAACGUCACAGAAUGUUUUAAUGAAUAUUUUAAAACAUAAGAUCUUUAAGUGAUUUAAUCUAAAAAAAAUCUUUCAACUCGGAAAAAUUUUGAUCAAAAAAUGAGUUUUAGUGAGAAAAAUAUUUAGUAAAAUGUAACUCUGAGAGUUGCUCUUCAUUUAAUUUUAUUUUCAACCAUCGGCUGUUUCUUUUUAAGUUUUUAAGGAGUUUCUGGAUGAUUGUGAUGACAUUUGUGUUGAAUAUCACUAAACAAUGUAUUUGUGUUUACAGAACUACUCAGACCUCCUAUGGGAGGCUAAAGUGUGUUAACGUUGCACUACAAUGUAGUUUUACUGACUAAAACUGGAACCACUUUAAGCCAUUUUUUACCACUAAGGGGAAAUCAGUUCAUUCUGUCCAGUUCAGAUCCACAACCAGCGAGACGACGAAGCUCCGGAACUGCUGGGAUCAACCAGAUGAUGCCAUCCUCAAACUGGACUCAUACCAAACCAGGUUUUUACCAUGUAUAUGUUGAACUCACCUAAUCCACGUUAUUCUCAAUCUGGAGUCGAAGACGUGGAUUACCUAACACUUAUCGAUAUGUAUUUAAUCAUAGUAUAAGACUUAAUCUAGAAGACUUGUGCAUUUUUGCAUGUUUUUUCUGUGAAUUUAGAAGAAAAAAAGCAAAAACUCGGUUACUUUCACACAAACUGGAGCAGAAACUUGAAAGAAGUCAAUCAAAUAUUAAAAAA